AUGAGCGAAGACUUAUCUGAGAAUCUAUCGUUUUUCUUGAACAAUUUGACCGAAGAUAAUGUGGAACAAACAGUAAGUUUGAAGUUGGUUUAUUUAUAGUGUUUUUUGGAUAUUGAUAUCUAUGUUGGUUCAGUAUUGAUAUUUGAUUUGAACCUUGUUAAAUUUACUAGUUUUACCAUUAUCUUACUCAUGACAAAAUGUCUUUUCAGGCCGAGUAUUUGAAAGAACUGUCUGCUACUUUCAACGAAGAGACCGAGAAAUGGUUAGCCUUGUUUUUGAUCCGCCGAAGAGUUGCUGCUGAAGCCAAUCAUGUAGGGUUGUACGUGAGAUUGUCUCGUCUCAUCGAAUCUCUCACAUUCCAAGCCAGUUUGCUAACCGUCACUGUCAAGUAUGCUAAACAAUUAAUGGAUGGGGCUCCCACCGCUGCUAACCAGAAGCCUCGAGAUAUACUCCGUAACUUGGGCACCUUCUUGGGGAUGUUAACAUGGGGAAAUGACAUUGACAUACCUGAAAGUCUGUUGGAUCUUCACGAGCUACUUAAGGAUGCUGAACGGGAAGGGCAGGAGAAGAUUGAGAAGGUGUUGCCUUUUGUUGUCAACGUUCUUAAAUCAUGUAAAACCAGCAAGGUACGUUUUUAUAUUGUUUUAAAAUGCAAAAACCCAUAAACAACAUGGAUGUUAAUCUUUUUACAUUUUUUUUAUAAUUUUUACUAUAUAUGACACGUGCGUUAGUCUUGUGAUUGCCUAGUCAGUCAAAAACAGCAAAUUCUUGUCUAAAAGGCAUUUAGACAAGAAUUUCGAAUUUCUUGUCUGAAAAGAUAGAAGAGACCAUGCUGUCUCGCCGCGAAGAGAACAACGUCUUUUUUUUCUCUGCACCCUUUCAGACAAGAAUUCGCUGUUUUUGGCUGACUAGCCAAUCACAAAACUAAUGCACGUGUCAUAUAUCUUUAUUAUUAAACUAUUUAUUUUGUUAUAAGUUUUAGGUGUUUAAACCAAAUCACAAGCGGAUAGCGCCGAUAUUCGUCACCUUGAAGGGUAUCCACGCGUUGGAUGACAUGAAGAUGACAUUGUGUUUUGAGAUUGAGAGCCUGUUCGAAGAGUUACGAGCUCCAACACCACCACCUUCCACUCCCAACAGUAGUUCUACGACUAGCCCAGAACAUAUCCGAGAUAUGACUGGAAUGGCUGACGUCUCUCACCAGAACUUCUUUAAUCAAGGUCUUUAUCAACAGGCUCCGCCACUUUUCGCUCAGUUUCAGCAACAAGUUAUGGAGAAUCCAAUGGUAUGUUGUGAUAAAAAAGAUAAGCGAUAUUGCAUGUUUUUUUCUGAUAAAAGUAGCCCUUGCUUUAAGUUUUGUCAUUAUUAAAAAUUAUUUUUAGGUUCUUCAAGCUUUGAUGAAUCCAGCAUAUCUACAACAAACACAGAUGCAAUCAGAGCUAUUCAAAAACCUUCACAUCCCUGGUGGACUACCCAAGCAAGGAAUGAUGCCAUCAAUUCCAGAACAUCAACUUCCAAUUUCUCAACCUCAAUAUCAACACUCGCAUUACCAAGUAGAACAUCCCCCAAUGUUCAAGGGCAGUAUGGAUGUGUCCUCGAUUGAGAAUGGAUCUUUUAACAGCUCAAAGGCUACUGACGACUACGAAGCCUUCAGAAACAACGAAGAAAUGAAGAUCUGGGAUCCGAAUCCAACUAUGUUUCAAGAAGCCAGUGAGUUAGAUUAUUUUGUAAAGUUCUAGUUAUUAAGGAACUUCUAUGUUAAUAUUGAUGUUUAAUGCGUCAAGUUUGAUCUCAUUAUUUUUAGACGCAUUUGUGGCCAAGGAUAACAAGUUGGUUUGGCAAUUGUUGGAUGCCAUAGACUUUACAUGUUCACCAGUUUUCCAAUUGUAUAAUACGGCGAAGGGGAGGGUGAUCGAGUCGAUAUAUGGUUACCUGACUGAUGUUGAGAGUAAGCUUGUAUUUUUGUCUCAAUUCAAUGAUUUUAAUUUUCGUUUUGUAUAAAAACAUACAUUUGAAGCAAUAUUGUUAUUUUAGAAAUGCUCGCCCCAAUUUUGAAGAGGCUUUGUGAAUCGCUUACCUUCAGUGCCGCAUCUAUAAUGCACCGUGACUUUGCUUUCGAUUCUCUGAAUGACAUUGCUACACUAAAGAGUAUAAACCGGUCGGUGUACAAGGCUUUGCUCUUUGCUUUGUAUUAUCGUAAGAACUCGAACGAUGAAGCGUACAGUCACUUAAGGAGGACGAUGGAGCACGCUAUUGGACGUGCUAUGGAAGAGUCUGCUAUCGUCCAACGUGCAGCACCAAACGAGUUAAAGUGGACUAUGGAGAUGUCAGCACGUCAGUUUGCUCACGCAAACAGCAGAGUUGUGGGCACAUUCAUUUGUGAAGUAUUGGAACGGUUCAGCCAGGAACUCGGAGAUCUACAGUUCUCACAGUACGUUGAAGAACGGAAGAACAAUCCGAACAGAGUUGGACUGGGCAGGUUCGCCUACAACCCGACUACGAAGGCAGAUGUCGACAGUAAAUUGCCAGAAUCUCUUCGAUUUAACAACAAGGAAGACUACUCCAAGGUGUUUGCUGAAUUCGAGGCGCUAUCAGCAACAUUAAAGGCCAAUUUGAUGAAUUCUCUGAAGAAUAUGGAUUCUAAAGUAUUCAACGAUGUUCAGAAGGAAGAUGUUAUGGUAGGGUUUGGUUUUGAAUUAAUUCGCAGGUUUUUGACUUAAAAUUAAUUUUGUUAAUAUUUUAUUCUUUCUUAUUAUUUGUAGCAUUCUUGAUAUUGUAGCAGUCUUGAUAUUGUUGACAUAUUUUUAAGGGUACAAAAGUCGCACCUCGACCAUCGUCCUUCUCCAGAUCCGGCUACGUUCCAGUUCAAGAACAUUCAGAUUUAAAGUUUGACAAGAAGCCAGUUGAUGCUUUUAGAGUAAGUUUGGUUUUUAAAACUAUUAUAAACAGGAAAACCUGUUGCAAUUUAUAUUGUUUUAGAGUGAGGUUCUAGUCAUUUUCCGUGAAUGGUGUGUGUCUUCGAAGUCGGCUGAACCUGCGAGGAAAGACUGUUUCCACAAGAUCGUGGAGUACGUCUACUCGAUGAAUCUGUUGACAAACAUGAACGAUAUUGGUCGAUUCUUUGAGAUAUGCCUGGUAGUGUGUAUAGACUUGAGCGAACAUUUGGAAAACGAAGUACAAUCGAAGGUAAUAUCCGAAAAUAUUAUUGUUCACAGUUUAAACUGAAACUUGUAAAUAUAAUUUGGAAUAUUUUUGAAUAUUCUUUUACUUCUUUUAGUAAGAAUUAUGUAUAACAAAUGAUACGUUAUUGUUAAUCUUUGCAUAUUAUUUUAGGAAAGGCCCGAAAGACAGCUUCAGUUGAACCGACAACUCUACAAUCAUGUGAAGGCGUUGGUACUUCUUGUUGAUGCUUUAGCUGAAGAACAAGAACGUCGUGAUCACACCAGAACUCGAUUUGUCGCACAGUUUAUUAACGUUGUGAUAAAGUCGCAUGUGAAGAAGUUUGCUGAAUGGCAGAAUCCGUCCAAGUUGAGGAAUGCUGUCUUCUACCACACCUACUACUGGUUGGUGACAACACAAACCAUGCCUCACGCUCAGAAACACCUCAGGGACUUUGUGGACAUUUUUGUGUGAGUGUUGCAACUGUAAUUUGUUUAUGUUAACAGAGCUCAACACUUAUCUUAUUCUACCCUAUUUUAUUGAUUUUUUUUUCAGAACUGCUAUCCAAUCGAUCUCUCCUCUAAAUCUCCCAGCUUUUGUAUAUUCUUAUCUCUCUAUCAUUGCUCAUCCUCAACUAAUGAGGACCAUCCUUAAGUCGACCGAACUCGACGAUGCCAAGUCUGCCAACUUCUACAUGAUGUUGUUGAAGCCUUUGCUGGAGCAUCACAAGAAGCUGUUCGAGUCGAUGGACGACAUUUGUCAACCGGCUGUUCACCAUCUGAACAAGGGUCUGUCUCGACUGUUUGUAUACCUACAACACGAUUUUCCACGAUUCUUUUCGAGGAAGUUCAACGUCAUUGUCAAGACGAUUCCAUUGUUGUGUAUCCAUUUGAGGAACCUGGUGCUAGGUGCUUCUCCUGUCGAUGUAACUGGCGUCGAGUCUAACAUUGGAUUUGAACGAGUAAGUGGAUGAGUAUUGUAGAGGUUAUUAAAAUAUGGUUUGUUUAAAGAUUAUAAGAUUGAUUACAUGCUACUAUCUUCUAUUUUUGACAUAUCUCUCUUGAAUCAAAUUUUUAUUAUUUAGUGUUGUAUGAAGAACAGUGAGAUGAAUGACCUACCAGAUAUCCACAGCGAACUGUUACACAUGGCUCCAGAAGACGUCAAAAAGCUGAUAGCUGCCGCAGUAACUGAGAAGAACAAUCCUCAGUUUGUGGCAUUGUUUAUGGACGCAUUCAAAGACGGCACGACGAAUGGAAGAAUGUACAACUACAGUAAACUCAUCGACUUCUUGACUUGUUUUGGUGCUGUAAGUGUAGAGGAAGCCAAGUACGCCAAGGUAGGAAUAUCAUUGAUGAUCGUCAGCAACAACAAGAUGGUCAAGAUACUACAGCAAGUCUUGAACUUGAUGGACAAUGAAGGUACGAGUUAAGGUUUAGAUGAUUAUAUUGUGCUUAUAGGUAUCCACGCCUUCUUGAAUGCAACCUUCGACCAAUUGAGGUAUCCAAAUGCUCACACUGCCUUCUUCUGCGGCUUCUUGUUGGUGUUGUUUGAAACUGGCAAAGAAAACGUUAAGGAAAUCAUGGCCAGGUUUGUUACCUUUCUUUUUCUUAAAUUAUUCUUUGUCAGGGCCAGGGACGUCGUUUGGGGGAGGGGGUAGGGGGGAGGUAACCCCCUAAAAACGAAAAAAUUUUUUUUCGACCUCCCCCCCUUCUCUCAGAGAAAAUCCGUAGCGACAUCCCUGGUUAGGGUCUUUAUCUGAAAUCAUUAGCUUACUUUUUAUUUUCAUGAUUGUUGUAGGAUAAUGUUUGAACGAAUCCUGACCUUCCCACCCUAUCCAUUUGGACUGAAGUUGUUGUUGUCCGAACUGUUCACCAACGAGUCCUACGGCUUCUUCGCCAACAAAUUCAUCCACUCAUCGCCGAUGAUCGAAAAACUCUGCCUCGAGGCGGCUUCUCUGGUUGAGGUUGGACCAAGUGAACUCACACAAACUCCUAGUUAUCCAUGCUACGUAGAAUCUCCACAGUACAACUUUUUUGAGUAA